AUGCACGUGCGAGAGAACCCAGGACAAAAAACAUCAACGGAGCGGCCCGCAUGCGAGCGCGGAGAAAAACAGAACUGGGAACAGGAGGAACAAGAACGCAAGCGGAGGAGAGAAAGGCGCGAAAACAGGAGAGACACCACCCGCGGAAAUAGCGGGAAAGACAAGAACAGAGAGUGUGGAGAAACGAAGAGAGAAUUCGGAAUAGGAAACAGCAAAGAAAGAGAAGAAAGAGGAGACAAAGUGGCGAACGAGAGACAAUACUUUCAACUCGACCGAGAGACUGUCGACAUUCUUCGCGAAGAGUGUGUGUGGGCAGUUCGUCUCUGA